AUGCUCCCACUUUCUCUCUAUGUAUUGUUCCAUUAUCGCUCCUCUCUCAUCUCUUGUGGUCCAUUUUUGUGCUUCACAAAUUGGCCAUAUAGUACACUGCCCCUAGGUCCUCUUCUCCAAACAUGGCCAUGGCAAAAUUACUUGGAGUUUUGAUCUUGAUCCUCAUUGCAAUUUCCAUGCUUCAAACGAUGGUUAUGGCUUCUCAUGGACAUGGAGGCCACCACUAUAAUGACAAGACAAAAUUUGGACCUGGAAGUCUUAAGAGUUACCAAUGCCCAUCCCAAUGCUCAAGAAGGUGCAAAAUGACUCAAUACCACAAGCCAUGCAUGUUUUUUUGUCAGAAGUGCUGUAGCAAAUGCUUGUGUGUGCCCCCAGGGUAUUAUGGAAAUAAAGCUAUAUGCCCUUGCUACAACAAUUGGAAGACUCAGCAAGGAGGACCAAAAUGCCCUUAAGUUUGUUUUUAAUCAAAUCAAAUUUACAAAAUUACAUGUUCUUUUUCAUAAAAUAUGAUUCACUUGUCUUUUUUCUUAACCAAAUUUCAUGCUCUUUUUAGUUCUAUGUAAUGCCCCCAGGGUUUAUGAUUUUAACUUGGUAAAAUCUAAUUGGGUGUUUAAGAGAGACUAUUUAAUAAGAUAAGACUUUUAUUAUUGGUGUAAAA